CUCACGGGAAGUAAGAUGGCGGCUCGGCGCGCAUGCGCACUGCGGUCGCCGUGCAGGCGCUGCGGGAGUAGCAAGAUGUCCGCGCCCGCAGCGGCGUGGUUCCGCGCCUCGGCCUCUCUGCUCAGGGUUCGCGGUUCGAUCCCCGCUUCGGGGAGACGCGGCCGCUCCCUGGUCGACGCGUGCGCGCGCGGAACAGGCGCCUGGCUGAGCUCCCGGCGCCCGUACGUGGCUGCCCGUCCCGGCUCCACCGUGAGUGGCGGUGGCGGCGCCGCCGACCGCCUCUCGGAGGAGUUCCUGGCCCAGCAGCUGCGAGACUACGAGCUGGGACGGCGCCACCUCGCCAACAUGAUGGGCGAGGAUGAGGAAUCCUUCACGCAGGAGCACAUCGACAAAGCGAUUGAAUAUCUCUUCCCCUCGGGGCUGUUCGAGAAGAGGGCCCGUCCCAUAAUGAAGCAUCCAGAGCAGAUAUUCCCCAAGCAAAAAGUCAUCCAGUGGGGAGAAGAUGGACGUCCAUUCCACUACCUCUUCUACACGGGGAAGCCCAAUUACUACUCCCUCAUGCACGACUUGUACUCCCAGCUGCUGCAGGUUGAGGCUGAGGAAGACAAGAUGAGGAGUAAAGGUUACACGUCCGGUGACGCUAAGCCUGUGGCCCUGCCGAGCAGCCGCUGGGUGACGCAAGAGGAGCUGGAGCAGUCGCUGAACGAGCAGCUCAGCGAGCACGACUACGCGCGCUUCGUGCGGCUGGGCGAGCGAAUCGCGUCGCAGCCGUUCCCCACAGAGGCUGCGCGCGAGCAGCUGUCGCGCUUCCGCGUCGCGCUGCAGGUGCAGUCGCAGCAGCAGGAGAUCCCGGAGCGACGCGUGGACGAGGAGGGGCGCGCGUACAGCGAGGCCAACGGCUUCCGGAAGAAGGCCCGGGCCAAGGUGACGCUGUGGGAGAGCGGGUCGGGGAAAAUCACGGUCAACGGACUCGGACACGUCGACUACUUCCCCCAGCUGCAGGACAGAAUGCAGCUCAUGUUCCCGCUACAAUUUGCCGGGCGUCUGGGCGCGCACGACGCGGAGUGCGAGGUGAGCGGCGUGGGCAGCUCGGCGCAGGCCGGUGCCGUGCGCCACGCCCUCGCCCUCGCGCUCACCACCUUCCUGGAGCCGCACCUCAUCGAGGGCAUGCGCAGGGCCGGACUGUUGACCAAGGACCAGAGAACGAAGGAGAGGAAGAAGCCGGGACAGGAGGGCGCUCGUCGCAAGUUCACGUGGAAGAAGCGUUAGCGCUGCUUGACGCGGUCGCAGGCACAGCUGGCGCCCACUGGGCCGGUCUCCACAGCUCCCGCGUUGCGGCCGCUCCCUGUUGCCACUUGCAACGCGCGUGAGGAUUUCUCCUUUUAACAGAGCCACGCACGUACAGCGUUCGCGGUCUCGGCCACACAAUCCCAAUGCUGAGAAUGUAGCUGCAAAGUGGCUCGAUCGGGGGUCGCACGCGGCAGCAAGCGGGCACCCAUUUGCCGUGAAAAACACGUGACAGGACCCUGCCGACGAAGACUCUCUUGAACCUCCCUGCGGCGCGGGUAAACAAACGUCAAAAGAAUGAACAACAGGAAUAAUUUUAAUAAAAAAGAAAAUCGAGCAACAA